AUGAGAGGGAUACGUAUACUUCCUACGGCGAUACUCUUUGCACAGGUACAUCUGACGAUAGCCACGAGAUAUCCUCUAUAUCAUCGACAUUUAUCCUAUCAACCUGAAUCGUUUGUACCGUAUGGACAUGUCGAGAUAACACCCCCUCAAGCUCUUGAUACGUCUUCAGAGACGUCCGUCCUGAAUUCAAAAGAAAGCUGGAACGUGUCGCUUGAUAUUGCAGAAGCGGAGGAUUUACAGUGGGAGCGAGAGUCUGGCGAUGGACGGAAUGAGAGUCAAGGAGGGAUGGAAUUAGGAUGGUAUCAGAUCAUGUUGGAGGAUGAUGGAAGAGAGUUGAUAGGAUCUACCAAAGUAUGUUAUCUCUCCACAUCUAUCCCUAACAUACAUAUCCAUCUAUCCACCAUCGGAAAACCUAUUUCAUUAUCCCUUUCUUCCUCACAUAUCCCAAAAAACGGAUCAUGUCCUCUAAUAAAUAUCCCAAUCACUUCAGUCCGAAUUAAGGACCAAAUUCUAAAAGUGAUACUUGAUUAUCCUAUUGUUGUUCAAGAACCAAAAUUAUCCCCUCCACCAAACUUAGAUCCAUCUGGUCUUCCCAUGAUCCCUCCACCGGAGAAAACGUUUUUACAAAAGUAUUGGAUGCCUUUAUUAGGUGUGGGAGUGUUCUUAGUUUCUCAAAUGGCUGAUCCUGAUCGAGGAGGGGGAGGGGGAGGGGGAGGGGGAACACGAUGA